GUGUGUUGCAGUGUUUCUUGUGUUGUGUUGGAGUGUGUGUCAGGAUGGUUCGUCGGGCGCCCCUACAGAGUCUCCUCCUGGUGUACGGAUGUGUCACCUUCGUCACCGCCGCCGCUAGGUCUCGGCGACAGACAGGAGAGGCAGGUUUGGACUACCCGACCUACUCUGAGGUGCCCCCCGGCCUCUCCUUCACCUGCGAGGACAAGCUGCCUGGUUACUACGCCGACCCUGAGGCCCAGUGCCAGGUGUGGCACUGGUGUGUUUCUUCCACCAUGAAGUAUUCCUUCCUCUGCCCGAACCGCACGCUCUUCAACCAGCUGUACAGGGUGUGUGACUGGUGGUUCAACGUGGACUGCGCUGACUCUCCUUCCUCCUACAACAUCAACGAGGAUCUCUACAAGGUGCCCGAGGCGUCGCUGGGUAGAGAACUCCUGCGGGAAGAGGAAGAUGGAGAUCAGACCGUGGAAGAGUCGCAGCUGAUGGAGGAGGAGGAAGCGGUGGCAGGGGACCAGCAGCCACAGCAAUCACAGCUACAGGAGGAGGAGUUGCGGCAACAGGAACAGCUUAUAGAGGAACAGCAGGAACCACAAUUACUUCAACAGGAAUCACAACUACAGCAGCAGCAAGGACAGGAACCACUGCAGCAGGAGGAAAUGCAACAAGAACAACAGCAACCAGAGGAACCCAGUGAAGUCUAGCUAAGCGUACAAAUGUUGUAGAACUUAAUAUUCGUUUAAUUUUGGCGUUCCUCUUGUAUAAAGGCAACUACAGGUUUAUAGGCCCCUGAAGUUAUCGUGGGACUUAUCUGCUCCGAAAUUAUGUAGGUACUAAUUUAGUGUUCCAAUCCCGUUCAGGGCGGCUCUCGUGACUCAAAGUUUAUCCAGUCUUCAAAAUAAUUAGGGUGACCGCAUACUGUCCCUUAAAACACAGAAUUGUUCCGAAUUGAAAAGUGAAAUGUUAGGUUCCGUUUUUUACUGAGACGGAACGCCAUUUGUUCUAUAUUUGGCAGUACAAGUCAAACAAAUGAAAGGCAUCAGUUCAAAAUUACCGUAGAAUAUUGAACCAAAUUUGUAACGUAAGUUAUACCAUAUUACUGAUAAUGAACUCAGAUAAUCUGAAGCUUAAGCUUAAGCCACGAACGCCACUUUAGCAGAUUUUGCUGUACCUCAACACCGAAAUAUAUAGGCACAGGUCCCAAGGUAAUUUUUCGGAGCCUUUAGCCCUCUGCUUGCCACACUCUGCAUUAGACACCCCAGUCCCCUACACAGUAAAGGAAGUAUUCAAUGCUUUCUUGCCUUUCCUGCUGAACUGCUAAUGUGAUCUUGUAGCUUUUGCUCUCCGGCACCGCAUACUCACUUGCCAUGUUGUGACAAGCUGGAAGGCAAGACCACAGCAACCAUUCCUUUUCUGAAUGGCGGACAGGAGUUAGGUGGUAAUGGGGGUAUGAGGGUCAUAUCGGGUGGUGUUGGGUAGGCUGUGACCGCUGGGUUAGGGAAGACUGUUAAUGCCACGACAAUGUUGUCAUGUUUGGAUGGAAAUGAUCGAGUAGAGUACAAAGGUGAGAUAUGGACAGGUAAUCACCAUUGUUGCCUGUCAAUCUGUUUGAUGUUUGUUUGGAUGACAGAGCAGGAGGUGAACACUUUAGAUGGAUUUUGUAUUGAUAAACAAUGACUAGACACACUCUUCACUUUUCUGUACACUCCUUAUAGUACGAUACUGAUAUUGCACUCAAUACGGCGACUCAUGUCAGUCAUUUUUAAACAGGCUGAACAGAAAGUUGGCAAGCUUUUCAGAGUGACCAUGUUCUUAGUAAUGGUUUGAGUAAGAUCCUAUAUUAUCACAUUAUGAUAAACAACCAAUAGUGCUUAAUCAGUCAACUUUGUGGCCUUUGAAAAAUAAUAGCAUUGAAAGCCCAAAGCAUUUACAACUACAAGCCAUAGAAACAUUUCCUUGAUGUGUAAUCCACAGGAUGCUGAAACAUAUUGGCGCUUGUAUCUUUUUAUUAAGGAACUAUCAACAUUAUCUUUGUAUCCACAUGAAGAAGCUCCCCAAUGGAAAAAAAAAGUCAAGCCAAGGAGUAGGCAGUGUAGUCCACUCAACAUGAUGAGUAAAAAAAAAAAAAAAAAAAAAAAAAAAAAAAA